AUGACCCUUCAAUGGAGGCAAUUCAAUUUCGUCGAUCGCUACACCGUAUCUGAUCCAGCAGAUCCAUCUAAGCCUGAUUUGGAUGUAACUAGUUCGACGAGUGGACGCGGCCAUUUAUUUUUUGGAGAUGCUGCUGGGUCUGUGUAUAUGGUGGAUCAUACCAUGGCUGUCGCAUACUCGUUCCAGGCAUAUCAUAAACGAGUGACACAUUUGAAGAUGUUGAAGCAGAAGAAUGUGUUGGUUACUAUUGGAGAUGAAGACAACAAUGUUCCAACCCUCAAAGUGUGGAAUAUGGACAAGACUGAGAAGGGAUCACGGAGUCCUGUGUUGGCUCGAUCGACUAAAUUGCAGCAUGGAAAUAAAGUGUUUCCUGUUACUGCCUUUGCAGUUUUGGAAAACAUGACACAGAUCGCCGUAGGUAUGGAGAAUGGUGUCGUCAUCCUCGUCAGAGGCGAUAUAUCACGAGAUCGAUUUACCAAGCAAAAGACUAUACAUGAGGGUAGCGAGUGUAUUACUGGUCUGGGAUUCCGUGAAGAUGGCAAAUCGACGACUCUGUAUAUCAUCACACUGGCCAAGGUGCUUACAUGCAUCACAUCCAACAAAGAUAUUAAGCAAACAUUGGAUGAGCAUGGUUGUGAUGUAGGCUGUGCGAUACUUACAAAUACUGAUGACAAUCAAGAAAUGGUUAUUGGGCGACGAGAGGCGGUUUACUUUUAUGGGCCAGAUGGUCGUGGUCCUUGUUUCAUCAUUGAUGACGACAAGGUAUCCAUGACUUGGUUUCGAGGCUAUGUCGCUAUAGUGUCUAGUGGUACUCGUAGUGCAGUCACUUCAUCUGGUUCAACACCAUCGGCCGUCGCUGCUUAUGGUGAAUCGUCUACGGGUACCAUCCUGACGCUGUAUGAUUUGAAAAACAAGUAUAUAGCCUACACGGGAACGUUUGGAUUGACUGGAUCUGGUGUUGAUGAGCGGGGUAUACCUAUAUUGUGUGUGUUGAGUGAAUGGGGUGAACUUUUGGUUGUUACUCGUGACAAGAAGAUGUUUCGGUUGGAAGACAAGGACUUGUCAACAAAACUGGAUUUGCUCUUCAAGAAAAACAUGUAUACUCUCGCCAUUAAUAUCGUCACAUCACAAACACAAGCGUCGGCCGUUAUAUCUGGUAUGGCUCAAAGUCCCGUAGACGAAUCGUCAAUAGAAGCCACUCCUCCAGCUCCUGGUAGCGGUGGUGAAUACGAUUACGGCACAGUUGUAGAAAUCUAUCGACGCUAUGGUGAUCAUCUAUACGCCAAAGGCGAAUUCGAUGCUGCCAUGGCACAAUAUCUCAUGACUGCCGGACAGCUCGAACCAUCAUAUGUCAUUCGAAAGUUUUUAGAUGCCCAACGUAUACAUAAUCUUACGUCAUAUUUAUCGCGGCUCCAUGAAUUGGGAUUGGCUGGACCAGACCAUACUACACUGCUACUCAAUUGUUAUACCAAGCUUCGUGAUGCUCGUAAACUGUACGAGUUUAUACGAGGUGCUGAUGGAGUAGGUGGAGCCAAUUUCGAUGUAGAAACCGCUAUACGUGUAUGUCGACAAGCAGGAUAUCACGAGCAUGCAUUAUGGCUUGCUGAGAAGCAUGGUCAGCAUGACUUGUACCUGGCAAUCCAGGUUGAAGAUUUAAAGGAAUACUCAUUGACUGUCCGGUAUUUGGCUACACUGUCUCCGAUAGAAGCAACGAGGGCAUUGAAAAGAUACGGGACCCUCAUAGUCAAGGAAAUGCCCAAGCAAGUCGCUGAUCUGCUAGUGAAACUGUGUACGAGUAACACCACGACCAAUACCAAUCCGGAACAAUUCAUUCAUUUGUUUGUUGGACGCCCUGAAUGGUGUAUAGAAUUCCUGGAACGCGUCUUGGAUAGUCAGAAUCAUAGUAAUAAUGGUAUAUCUCCUGUUGUUGCAUCGAUACAGGCUUCCGUUGUAGUAGGAAAGGAUAAGGGCAAGAAACCAGCUCUUACUCCUGAUACUGGUAUUGGUGGUUUGGUUGGAUCUUCUCCUAUAACACCUCCUGCUCCACCAGAACGCCGAGAAUUGAGUAGUGAAAGUAUGCGAGUGAUUUGUAAUACCUUGUUGGAAUUGUAUUUGGAUGAUGUUUCUGGUGAUGGUGCGGAGACGCUGAAGAAGGAAAGGCAGUCUCGAGCUAUGGAUUUGUUGAGGAAUCCUCAGUCCAACUAUGACGUGGAUCAUGCUUUGGUAUUGUGUGAGAUGCAUUCAUUUUCUGCUGGAACGCUCUUUCUGUAUGAAAAGAUGGGAUUACAUAGCGGAAUCUUGCAGUACUACAUUGACCGUAACGAUGUAGCAGGCAUUAUAGAUUCGUGUAAGAAAUACGGUGACAAGGACUCAUCACUAUGGACACGAUCUCUCGCUCACUUUGCCGAACAAUCAUCUUCAUCCACCGAUGCAGCCACAGCACUAACACAAGUGCUAGAUCAAAUCGAUCGCCGGAACUUGCUACCGCCGUUAGGUGUCGUCCAAGUAUUGGCUAGAAACUCAUCUGUCACCUUGGGGAUGGUGAGAGACUAUCUCAUCAAGAGGAUUGAGAAUGAGAAGCGGUCGAUUGAUGAAGAUCAAAAAGUUAUUCGCGGAUACAAGGAAGAGACUGAUCGAAUGAGAGCUCAGAUUGAUGAGUUCAAGAACAAAUGUGCUCCAGAUCACAGAGUCGUGAAGGAGUUGGUAGCUACACAGGAAGCCAAUCAUGGAAAGCACGAUGUUUUUCUGCGACAACUGGAUCGAGCAGACGACAAGUUUGCACUUAUUGCCGAGUAUUUCAGCAAGUCGCCGUUUGGUGUUGCUAGCGGAACAGCAUAA